CAUUGUCACCUUUAGUGCUGGUGAGAAAAAAAGAGAGGGCAGAGCAACGGAGGAAAUCCCCUUUUUUGUGCAGUGGAAGUAAAAAUUACCUACCAUUAGAAAAGGAGAAGGAUUGGUAAAGUAUUGCAGCGCUCCGUAAAGGCAUUUUGGUAUAGCAAGUAGCAGCAAUUCAUCAAAAGGCAGCAUUUCUUUUUGCACCAGGGGCCCUUUAAAAAGCUCAACUCUCGCGCUUCUUUGCGUUUCAAAUCUCUCUGCAAGUCGCAAGGACAUCUGAAGCAGAAAGCCCAGAUUCCUCUCUAAUCUUAGAUUCCAGAUUUGCAUAGGUUAUGGCGUAUCCUGAGCCUCAAGGUGCAGAUAGGGAGAUGGUUAAGGUCAAUCCUACCCCAAGAAAACCCCGGGUUUUACUCGCUGCCAGUGGAAGUGUAGCUGCCAUAAAGUUUGGGAAUCUCUGCCAUUGUUUCUCUGAAUGGGCAGAAGUAAAAGCAGUUGCCACGAAAGCUUCUUUGCAUUUCAUUGACAGAGCAUCACUUCCUAAGGAUCUAAAGCUUUACACUGAUGAGGAGGAAUGGUCUAGUUGGGGGAAAAUAGGUGACAGUGUGCUUCACAUUGAGCUUCGUCGAUGGGCUGAUAUUAUGGUCAUUGCCCCAUUGUCAGCAAACACACUUGGCAAGAUUGCUGGAGGAUUAUGUGACAAUUUGUUAACUUGUGUCGUACGAGCAUGGGACUACAGCAAGCCAAUGUUUGUUGCACCAGCUAUGAACACUUUCAUGUGGAGCAACCCUUUCACAGAAAAGCAUCUCAUGACAAUUGAUGAGCUUGGUAUUUCUCUCAUUCCCCCUGUCUCCAAAAGACUAGCUUGUGGGGACUAUGGAAACGGCGCAAUGGCAGAACCUUCUCUAAUCCACUCGACUGUAAGAUUAUUCUUGGAGUCACGACCUCAACCAAGUGACUGAAGACUAUUUAUUCGCCAUGAAUUAUAAAUACUAUAUUAGUUGUAUGGUAGCCCAGUUGACUCUAGGUUGGGUGUAUGUCUAUUGGCUGUCUAACAAGCUUAUUGUACAUUUAUAGUUGCAUUUCCGAGUUUGCUUAACUUUGCAUAUCAUGAGGAGUGGUCUUUGAAUACUGCUGAAAAUUUGAUCCUGUAAGCUGAUGAUACUGAUGAGAGUUGGCAGAAUUGUAGUAGAUUAAUUAUUGUUUGUGCCUUCAA